GUACACUGCGUUCAGAUCUAGAAGUCUUACAGCGUAGGUGACAGGAGUUGUUUCUGGACUAGCCCAAACAGCUCGUGGGUGAAUGCCUGGUCGCUCCAUCUGCUGACUGCUGUCAAAACCCGCACACACACACAGCAAAGAUGGCGGACGCCGACUGGGAUAAUGACAACUUCGAACAUCUUGAACCGAUCCCAAAGGCGGUUGUACUGGACAAAUGGGAGGGCGAAGACGAAGAGGAUGAUGUAAAGGACAAUUGGGAUGAUGAGGAGGAGGAGAAGAAGGCGGAGGUAAAAAAAGCAGAGACAAAAGUGUCAGAAAAGAAGAAAUUAAGUGAAAAAAUCAAAGAAAAAGAAAACCGAUUAAGGAAAAAACAGGAAGAGAAGCGUUCAGCGGAAGAAGAGGAGCUGAGUCCUGAGGAGCAGCAAGCGGAGAAGCUGAGGGUGAUGCAGCUACAGGAGGCAGCAGAUCUGGAGCUCGCUAAGGAGGCUUUCGGUGUUAGCAGUAGUAACAACUUGUCAGGUCUAGAUGCUAUGUGCCCAUCCUCCAAAGACGACUUCACAGAGUUUGAGAAGCUGCUGAAAGAGAAGAUCUCUCAGUUUGAGAAGUCGGUUCAUUAUUCUAAUUUCCUGGAUUCCUUGUUUCGGGAACUUUGUAUUUCAUUGGAAGUCGAAGACUUGAAGAAAAUCAGCGGUUCUUUGACAGCUCUACUGAGUGAAAAACAGAAACAAGAAAAACAAAACAAGCAAGGCAAGAAGAAGAAAAAAGGUGUGCUGCCUGCCGGAGGGAUGAAGUCCAAGAUGAAGGACGACCUUGCAGACUACGGCGAUUUUGAAGGCGGCUACACCCAAGACUAUGAGGACUUCAUGUGACAACGGCCUCCCCACCUCCACCACACCCUCCUCCUCCUCCCCCCAGACAUGCAGCUGCUCCCCCAACAUAGUGCCACUUUGGAACUAUGUGUCAUUCUUCAUUUUGCUUCUACCACCUGAGGGACUACAGGGAGCAUCUGGUAUCACAACCUCUUAUGUUUCACACAUAGACAUGGACCUGCCUUUUCUUUCCUUCAUUCUGCCUCAAAACACGAAUCCUCAAGUCACAAAACCUCUCGACCCCAUUGUUCACAAUCAGUUUAAUGACCCAGCUUCAGUCAGAAAAUACAAUGCCUGCUGUCUGUGUUCUGUGUAGGUAUCAUUUUUGAUUUAGGAAAAUGAUUGCUCGUCUCAAAAUACAGCAGAUUACAAAGUAUUGCUAAUUGCAGCUUCAUAGAAACGAUUGAGGUUCUAUGCAAAUUGUAUUCAACCAGAAUGUCUGUAAAUAUUAGGUCUCUCACUUUGCCUGUGAUUGGGUUCCUUACAGGAAAAGUAUAUAGUAUCUAUAAACCUUUUGGUUGCCAAAUACAAGAAUCAAAGUACAUUUCAUCUUUAUAUUCAGAAUAAAUAAAGAAGUUUAAUUAGUUUUUGCUUUGGACCGAUACUGACACUACAGGUUGAGUGGGAGCUCCAGGGCUUCACUGGAAAAAGGGACAGACGAGAGAGUAGCAGAGCGACCACCUCACAGACGCUCUCUGGAGACGUCUGGAAUAUAGGGACAGACGAGAGAGUAGCAGAGCGACCACCUCACAGACGCUCUCUGGAGACGUCUGGAAUAUCCUUGAAGAAGUUGAAGCAAAGGAAACUUUCUGUUUUUUUUGUGUGUGCAUUCAACAAUGUAACAUAAUUUGUGUAAUUACUCCUGAUGCAGAUAGAGAAGUGUGAUCUGGCGAGUCGUCCUUGGCUUGCAGCACAAAGUCCCCUUAUAACUGCUUUUGCAGGCUUGUAUCCAAUGAAAUGUGUAGAAGGUGGCCUGUAGUGUCUGUCCUCAAAGGGGACAGUUUUGAGGGAGGCUCGUUAACCUUCUCCCUAUUUGCUAAUUAUCGACCAGUUCCAACUUGAUCAGAAAAGGGGUAGGGUAUUAAGACUCCAGCAUCUGCUGUGUUUUAUAUGCAUCAUAAUUUAAUAAAAUCACUGGUCAGAAAUCAUAAGUUUUGCCUGUCUUUGCUGUCUUUAACCACAGAAAAAUAAGUUAAUGUAAUGAGACAUUUAAAGAACUCGGGAAUAAUCACAUAACAUAUCCAUGUUUGUUUCCAUUUUUAUUGGGGGUUUGACUUUUACAUCAAUGGUUAUAACCUAGUAAUAAAUAUCCCUUUAUUUACAAUUUCAAGUAGUAAAUAUUCAUCACAGUACAGAUGAAGAAAAUAUAUAAAUAUUUACUGUUAAACUCCAGUUAAACCUCCUGUCAAAUGUUCCCUGGGACAGAUACCUGUUGUAGAUAAUAGUUUUCCAGUUAUGAAUUUAUAUUGGUGUUUUUACAAAAUGUAUAAGUGAGAGUUCUAUAUCAAAAGCUAUAUCAAAACAGUACAAACAGUUUGAAAAUAUAACAUAAGAAUCAGCCAGCAUUAUAGAAUUGAUCCACUAUACCUGAAUGACUUGGGCCU